GUCAUGAAUUUACAUUAUUUUAUCAAGCAAGAAAGUUUUAUUUCGUGCGGUGCAUAGUUUUGUUGUUUAAAAGAUAUUGAAGCAACUUUAUAAUAUAUUAACACAAUUUAAAAUGCAUAUGUAUAUAGUUUCCUAAAAAAGAAUUGAUAAAUAUUGAAAACUAAGCUUUGUAAAGUAGGUAGACUCACAGUAAAGUCGGCAUCGCAACCACAUUCGACAAUGAAAGUUACAGUUACUACUCUAAACGACGAAAUAUUCGUCUUAGACGUGUCUGAGGAUUUGGAAUUGGAAAAUUUCAAAGCUUUUUGCGAAAUAGAAUCAGGAUUUCCAGCUAAAGAUAUUACGUUGAAUUUCAAUGGCAAGCCUCUAUUAGACGACAAGAAAUCACUCAAGGAGCACGGUGUACACGACGGAGAUGUGCUGGUGCUACUGCACAUGCUGCAGCACGCGCCUGAACUCAACGCUACUGACUCCAGCCAAGCCUUACCAACAGGCCUGGCAAGCCUGGACUUCAGCAAUAUCCAAGUGCCACCAGGUGCAAGCACGGCAAGCACAUCCAUGGCAGCCCGGGGCCCACCCGUGGAAGAAGACCCUCGUAUAAUACGAGAAAUGUUUCUGGCAAACCCAGACCAACUGGCUCUCCUCAAACAGAACAAUCCUAGACUAGCUGAUGCACUUACUAGUGGUAACCUUGAUACCUUUGCUAGCGUCCUCCGUGAACAAGUGUCUGCCAGAACUGAACGCCAACAACAAAGAAUAAGAAUGAUGAACUCUGAUCCAUUUGACACAGAAGCCCAGAGAAUGAUUGCUGAAGAAAUCAGACAAAAAAACAUAGAGGCCAAUAUGGAAGCGGCUAUGGAAUACAACCCAGAAACCUUUGGAACCGUGGUUAUGCUUUACAUCAACUGCCAUGUCAAUGGCUUUCCCGUCAAGGCUUUUAUAGAUUCUGGUGCACAAACAACUAUCAUGUCCGCAGCCUGUGCAGAAAGAUGCAAUAUCAUGCGACUUGUUGACACCAGAUGGGCGGGCAUUGCUAAAGGUGUUGGAGUGCAGAGAAUUAUAGGCCGCAUUCACAUGGUGCAAAUGAGAAUAGAGAAAGACUUUCUGACCACAUCAUUCUCAGUUUUAGAGGAACAGCCAAUGGAUAUGCUACUUGGAUUAGACAUGUUAAAGAGACAUCAGUGCAAUAUAGACUUGGAGAGGAAUGUGCUUCGCAUAGGAACCACAGGCACCGAAACUCCAUUCUUGCCAGAAUCUGAUCUGCCCGAGUGUGCCCGCCUGUCCGGCACUUCGGAAGAUGAAAUAGUUAACCAAUCCAUGCGUGACCAUGAAGAGAGACAAGUCAAAGAAGCAAUUGAAAAGUCUAAAGCAGGGAGCAGUCCGGGAGCGAGGUCUGCCGGCGCCCAGACGGCCGGCUCCACGUCCGCGCAGAGCUCGAGCCAGAGAAUCGUUAUAGGUGACCCAAGCUUGACGAUCUUAUCUACGGACUCUUUCGGCGAAACGGAGGUGGAGGAAAUCGUAGCCUUGGGAUUCACGAGAGAGCAGGCUAUCGUGGAACUCCGUCGGUUUAAUGGCGACAAGACGCAGGCAACCGUUGCACUAUUUGCAAAGUCACUUAAGUUCUGAUGACGAACAGUUGCGCUUUCUUCUUACCUUUACUGUUUGGUAAAUAUAAAAAUAUCACUAGUAGAAUAACGGGAGCUAAAUUAUGUCGAGUUAACGUUGCCAUAAUUUCAACGGUCUCGUCAUUUCAUUAAAGCUCAUUUAGACUAUGCGAAAACUCACAUACCAGUUUCAUUAUAUUGCAAUAUUUAGUCGAUUGGUUAAAUUGGUUCUAUCUCGAUCAAUAGUCGGCGAUAUAACUACACUGGCAUGCGAGAUGUCGCACCGACUAUCUGAGCCUUUAUAGUUAUACAUUUUAUUUUGACCAAAUAGUUCUUAGUCAUACUAGGUUGUAACGGUUUGGUUGGGUACUACACUCGGAAAUAUAAAACACGAAUUCUACUUUUUUUUAUUAUGAUAUAGUUAUAAGUGGACGUGUUUUGGACUGAGAAUAAGGGUUUUAUUAGUUACUUAAGGCAUUAAAAAACUCUGAUUUUUGCCAAAAGUAUUGAUCACAUUUUUACGUUGACUGCAUAAUAAAAAUAUUAUUAGUACAAUACUAUAAUUAUUUAGUAACUAUAGUCAUUAUAAUAUUUUACGUUAUAAUUGUAACCUUUAUGAACUUGGAAAGCUUGAAAGUAAUUAUUAAAUACACCAAGUGCAUUUUUAUGCAAUAUAAUAUCAAAGAAAUUACAACGUAUAUGUAUUGUAACUAUACCUAAUACAUAAAAGGUUCAUGUUUUGUAUUAACAUCGCAUUAGGGUGGUUCACGUUUGUAUGGGAAAAAUUCAAACUCUAGCUAGAAGAAGCGGCACCCUCCCAUUUUGUUACACUUGUUUUAUUGACUAAAUAUGCCAAGUUUUGUAAUCUUAUCUCAACUACAAGGGGGUGCUCAAACACUUUGAAAUUUUUCAAAGUUGUAUGAAAUCCAAAAAAAUUAAGUUAUUAUUUUUUUGAGUUUUAUGUAAGUAGUAGUUUUCACAUUAUUUGAAAGUGUGAUUUAAAAGUUAUUUGGUGAAAAACCAUUUUUAUUUCUAUUUUUUAUGAUUUUUUAGGUGAAAUUCAAAAAAACUUACUUUUGAAAAAUUAUAAAAAAUUGAAAUAAAAAUGUUUUUCUACUUAAAAACUUAUAAAUCACAUGUGCAAAUAAUGUGAAAACAGAUACUUAAAUAAAAUUUUGAAUAAUAAAUACUUGUUUUUUUUUGGUUUUCAUACAACAUACAAAAUUUUCAAAGUGGUGGAGCACCCCCUUGUAGUUGAGAUAAAAUUACGAAACUUGGUGUAUUUUAUCAGCAUAAUAAGUGUAACAAAAUAAGGGGGUGGCCCGUCGGAAAAUAAAAAAGAAAUGUUUUUUGAACCACCCUAACAUCGCAUAGAUGCUCAAUGUUUUUGGCGAAGGUUGUAUUUUAUAUAUGUAUCAUUGUAAGGUGGUUAUACUACAGUGUCCGCAAACCAAACAAGCGGCCGGGGUUGUACUGUCCCUUUUAUUCAUGCUACAAUCCUGCAAGUGCGAAUGAGAGGCUUUACGAGUCCGGUCGUCAGUUUUGUCGUGCGGUUAACUACUACGUAGCGGACAGCGACUGCCCUUUGUAUGUACGAGUAUACCAUAAUAAUAUAAUAUGUUCAUUGUCAGUCCUCAUUUAAUUCAUACUUUAUUGGAGUAUCAUUUCUUUAGAGUAACAGUGUUUUUUUGUACAAUCGCCAUCAGAUAUAUCGGAGCGGUCAAGCCUCUCAUAAAUAUCUGAACACGCCUCUAUUGUAAAGGCGUUAGAGUGUGUGUUCAGAUAUUAUGAACACGUUGGCCGCUUCGAUAUAUCUGAUGGCGACUGUACAUGGAUAUGCAAUUGAAUAAAGUCUUAUUGUAUUGUGACGGUUUCCGUAGUCAGAAAGAUAUGGUAUGUACUUAUAUAAUAUUAUGUUAUUGGCAGACAUUUGAGUAAACACUUUCACCACACCAGCUCGUAAAGGCUCUCUUUUUUCUUCAUAAAGUGAUGUGAAAGUCGUGGAUUUUAUCUGCGAGAGCGGCAAAAUAUUUCGAUGCAAAUUUUGAGUUGCUUUCUUGCGUUGGUUGGUAGAAUUGACUAUUAUGUUUUUGAAUGACAAGUAUUUAAUAGCGUUCAUUUGGAUUUGAUUUGUAAUAUUUAAAGGUAGUAUAUUCCUCGCGUUGGUGUGGUGAAAAAUUUAGUAUUUCACUUGGUCGCAAAGUUUUUUUUAACCCACUUGGUCGCGGUUCAAUUUAGAAACUCGCUUGCUCGGGUAUCAAUAUUUGCACGAGAGGUUAAAUUACAACUUUGCUUCUUAAUAAAUAAAUAACUAUUACGUAUUGGUAUAGUCAAGUCUAUAUAAUCAACGCAAAUGUAAAUGAAAAUUCACCAACAAAAUUUAUAUUCAUUGUACCUAUGUAGUUACAAAAAGAUUAUAUUUUAUGUUCUAUGAAAUAUCAUAUUCCGUACACUAACAUAGACUAUUGUUACAAUAGCGUUAUUUAUAAUAUUUUUUUGCAUGGUUUUCCAUUUUAAAUAAAAUAUUAAUUUACAAA